AUGAAGAUCAUCUCCUCUUCCGUGAUUCUUUCGCUCCUGGUGAGCAUGACCUUACUCCAGUCGACUCUUGCGGCCCCCAUUGAUCAUCCUCCUGCUCCCGCAGUUGGAGGACGGGUUGUGCCUACUCCUGUUCAUGCUGUUCCUCACCCAGACAAACCCAAACAGCAUGGAAACCCCCAUGGUCACCACGGCAAGGCUCAGCCGAGGCCCCAUCUUGUCGAGCCUAAGCCUAUCAAGCCUUCCAAGGCGGCCCAUGGCAAGCCCCACCACGGCAAGCCUCGGCAGGAGCCUCACAUCAAGCGCGAUUUGGAGGAGCGUGCUGAACCUGUCGAGCCCAAGCAUAUUCGGCCUUUCAAGCCCAGCCACGGCAAGCAUAAGCCAAGACAUCAUGUCAAGCCAGCCCAUGACAAGCCCAAGUCUAUCAAGCCUUUCAAGCCGGCCCAUGGCAAGCUCCACCACGGCAAGCCUUGGCAGGAGCCUAACAUCAAGCGCGAUUUGGAGGAGCGUGCUGAUCCUGCCUAUGGCAAGCGCGAGCCUGUUGUGCCUGUCGAAUCCAAGCAUGUUCGGCCUUUCAAGCCCAGCCACGGCAAGCAUAAGCCAAGACAUCAUGUCAAGCCAGCCCAUGACAAGCCCAAGUCUAUCAAGCCUUUCAAGCCGGCCCAUGGCAAGCUCCACCACGGCAAGCCUUGGCAGGAGCCUAACAUCAAGCGCGAUUUGGAGGAGCGUGCUGAUCCUGCCUAUGGCAAGCGCGAGCCUGUUGUGCCUGUCGAAUCCAAGCAUGUUCGACCUUUCAAGCCCAGCCACGGCAAGCAUAAGCCAAGACAUCAUGUCAAGGCGACCCAUGGCAAGCCUCGCCCGAAGCUCCACCCCAAGUAUGUUCACCCCAAGUCUACCCACGCCGAGCCUGUCCACUCUCAGCCUACUCGAUUCUGA